CAACAAACAAAUUAAGGGAAGUACUAUGGCACACAAUACAUCCUCUGAUUCUGAUGAUGAAAUUGCCAAAUCACGACCAAUGAUAUUUUCACAUGAAAAGCCAAUUCAUGAAAUUCUUGGUGGAGGAAAAGUGGCUGAUUUGCUAUUAUGGAGGGACAGAAAUGUAUCAGCUGCAAUUUUGCUUGGGAUAUCAACAAUUUGGUUUCUAUUUGAGGUUGUUGAGUACAAUUUAGUGACAUUUCUUUGUCACACUUCCAUUACCACAAUGCUAGCAAUCUACUUAUGGUCUACACUUGCAGAUAUCUUGAAAUGGAAUGGACCUCAAUUUCUUGAAUCUAUUUUAGAGGAAUCAUUGUUCAAAGAUCUUGCAUUCAUCAUCCACAGAAGAUUGAACCAGUUACUAAGAAUAUUCCUGCACAUAUCAUGUGGAACAGACCUACCACUAUUUCUUCUGGUCAUUGUUUCCCUCUAUAUAUUGUCAGUGAUUGGAACCUUCUUCGACUUUAUCAAUCUACUAUAUAUUGGUUUUCUUUGUAUACAAACACUGCCAAUUGUGUAUGAUCGAUAUGAGGAAGAAAUUAACAAUCUGGGUGGACAUAUGAUAGUAGAUUUGAGGAGAAAAUAUAGAUGGUUUAAGAAGAGAUAUCUCAACAAAAUUCCCCGAGGACCAUUGAAGGAAAAGAAGAUCACAUAGACAAUUAUUUUGAAAUCGAAUCACUUGCCUAAGGAAAAAGCAGACCAUCUAAUGUAAACAUGUAAAUGUUGUAUAUAGUGCUGUAAUAAAAAAUAAAUAAAAAAAGGAAAAUGCUAAUUAUAUGCCUCGAAUCAAUUACUUGUUUUUAUUUAUUAAAUUAAAAUUUUCAGUCAA